AUGACUGUAGACCCGGUGCAGGAGGCCGCCUGCCUACCGGCCGGCAGAUACGAGUUCAAGGACUCGGGCAUCUACAUCGGCGAAUGGCUGAACGAACGGGCCGUCGGGCUCGGUCUGAUAACGAAAGACAAAUGCCAAGGCGAGUACACGGGUCUGUGGGAGAAUGGGUCGGAGAAGAGCGGCGUCUUUUUGUGGCCCAACGCGCCGGGCGCCAUGUACGAGGGAGAGUGGGCCAGCAACCGACGAAACGGCUGCGGAGUGUUCACACGCGAGGAUUGGAUUAUCAUCGGCAGGUUCCAGGACGACUUCAUCACGAUGGGCGUCAAGUGCAAGGAUCAGUCGAUCGGCAGGUUCGAGGGGAAGUUCGAGAACGGGUUUCCCCAGUUCGGAGUGGAAACAUACGCGGACGGAGGUAAGGCCAUACCGAGACUGGCUGGCGGAAUGGUGACGGGUCGUGCAUGA